AUGGCUUUUGCCCAGGGCUCCGGCAGCCCCGAGGCCGCCGCGUGCCCUCCCUUCCAGUGCCGGCAGGAUGAGGCCUCCCUCACCCUGCUCCUGCAUGUGCCCGGCAUCCAGCCCCAGAGCCUCAGCGAGGACAUGGGCACGAACCACUACAGCCUCCGCUUCUCCAGUGACACAGGCACCUAUGCCCUCUUCCUACAGUUUCCUCCCGCAAACAGGCUGGCAUCACGCGAGACCAGCGUUAGCGUGUCUGCCUACAACGCUGCUAUCGGGCUCGCCAAAGCCCCCGGGAGCACCGGGCCCUGGGAGAAGUUCUGCUUCGGCCUUGACGCCUCUGGUCUGCAGGAAAGAUUGUUUGUCAGUGAAGAAAACGUUGAUGGAUUUCUAGGCACUGUUUUAUGCCCUUCCUUUUGCUCCCAAUCAGCGCUGGAAAGUCAGCCGUUAAUUGAAGUGCUUGAUGUUACUGAGGACAGAAUUCAAAUCAGGUUGAAGCCGCAGGAAGCAGUCCAUUCUGAACGUGACGGAAAACAACAAACGCUUAGCAGCUCAGGAGGGGAUCUCGCUGAAAAGGCGAAUGGCGACUACCCCCAAGCAAAGGCAGAAACAAACUGUACUGCAGCUGACACAGCUGAAGAAGAACGUGCUGCAGAAACCAACAAAACUUCCACAUCUUUUGCAACAGCUGAAACAAUAGGAAAAGUAGGUUGUAGUUCACACCAUUGUUUGCAGCAUGAACCUUCUGACACCAGUUCAGCGAUUCCUGGCGAAUCUAGGAGAAAGGAACCAGAUUUAGAAAGUGCCGUUGCAGUAGGCGAAAUGGCCGUGGCCGCAGACUCUGAAAAACAAGCAGGCCUUCUGCUGGAGGGGUGGGCAAAAGCAGAAGGGGAUGAAGCGGCUGCGCCCACAGGGUUGGCACAGGGGAACCAACGCAGCUCGGAGAGCAGGCCAGCCUCCCCAGUUCUCCAAGAAGUGAGCACGCAGGAUGGGAGCGUGCAGAUCGUUAGGGAUCAUGUAACGCACUGCCCGGUCGUGUUUCAGAAUUCUUUGCUGUAUGAAUUGGACUAGUUUAAUUAUUUUGGGAUUUCCUUCUGUUGUUCGAGGCUUACUGCGACUUCCACGUGCUGGUUUAUGACUUCAGGGCUAAGAGUAGAACACAGGUUCCUACUGAAACUGUUUUGUUCACACGUCAACAUAGAAUACUUACGUUGUUAACAAUUUCUGAAGUUAAUAGGUCUGAAUCUUCUAAUCACAUGUAUAGGCUGAAAUAGUUUUACUUACAAGAAAGAUGCAGUUGAAGGGGAAUCUUAUAUUUAUUGUUUACAUAGCUUUCUUAGUCUCUUGCUACUUUACAGGGAUUAUUUGUAUAUAUCCUUUUUCUAAUGGCUCCCUCGGGAAUUGCUGUGUUUAGUCCACCUAGAAAUGAGCAGUAUUCAUCAUUUUUCAAACCUUUCAUUUUGUGAUAACUGCAAGAUUAGACUUGCACUGAUUUUUAGCAAUCAAAUGAAAUUUCUAAUUGCACGGAGAAGUUCUAAUUAGUCUCCCAGAAAUAAUCAACACUUACACCAUGUAUUCCAUCCUAGCACAUUACUUCAGAACACGGCAUCCAAACAUACCCCAAUCUGUCAACCGAACGAAUUCGAUUGCACAAUAAAAACAUCCUCUCUUGUUGCACGUCUGCUACUAAGUAUGUACAGUUUGUAAAAUGGAUUCACUUUAUCCAGAUUAGCUUUACUUUUCAGAAAGUUCCCCACGAGCUUCAGCGUGCUGUUUGCUGGUCCGUCUCUCUAA